UGGCGCUCGACUGAAAUAGAAUUGUGGAUCAAUGUCGGAAUCGUUCAGUGUAUUUUGCAUCGGUUCUAGGUGAAAAGCGCCAAAUUUAUCAAGGUUUUGGAGGAGCUCAAACAGCAUGGAAGAUGUUGAAAAUAUUCCAGGAGACUUAGGGAAUGAGUCGGUGGAUGCUUCGCAAGUGCAUAUCGUUAGCCAGAAGGAUAUCCAUGAUUUUUGGGAGCAUGUGUCAACUGGAGACCGCAUCAACGAUGUCUGUACGACUUUUGAGUCUGAGAGUAAGCAGGUGAUUGAGAAGCUCUAUCAACAGUCUGCUUCCGUGGGAGAGCAAUUUGCAGUGGCCAAUUUCUUGUUGCAGAUUGGGGCACUCCAAUUCCGUGUUCAGAAGAAUCCAGAAGAUGAGAAUGAAUUGCAGACCAUCAUCAUUCUUCAAAAACCAGACACCAAUGAGGGCAAGACAGAGGAAAAGGUUGAUACACAGGACACUGCAGAAGAUCCCAAUCAUAACAAAGACAAGGAAUGUCCUGAUAUAGGAGAGAAUGAGAAAGAGAAAGAAAGAGACAACCUGGCCUUGUGGGAUGGAGAUCCUCCACCUGUGGAAAAUGAAGAGGAACCCUUGGUACCACCACCACCAGAGGAACAUGAGUGCAGCAUUUGCCAUGCUGUUCUGACCAGCUUAUGGGAACUUGACCUACAUGAACUGAACCGAUGCAGCAGUGAAACUCCUCCUCCUGGAAGACCUGCAAAGAAACAGAAGGAGCCUGAAAUAACCAGCGUGUCUUCUGACGAGCAGGAUCCUGAUUUGAAAUCUCCGGCGAAAUCUUCUGUGCCAGAGAAAAAGAAACGCGGAAGACCUCGAAAGAAUGUCGUUUCCCCCCUUGUACCGCCACAGGAGGUACAAGGAAGCGCCAAGAGAAAGAGGGGCCGUCCUAGAAAAAGCGACACUUUUGUCGCAGAGGAGGAAAGCAUGGUGAAAAAGAGGAGAGGACGACCUUCUAAGAAGGACUCCAUAGAUAAAAAACAGGAAUCCAGUAAAAAAGAUGUACCAGUAUUAGCAAACAAACAUCGCGAGGAGAGUCUGUCGAAACUAGAGAAGCCACACACCAUCCAACUACCAAAGCCUAAGUUGCAUACCCUUCACGUACGCCUCAAUAAGCUGCAGGAAACUAGAAGCAAGCGAAAAAGGAGACUGCCUCAGAAGCUUAGGGAGGUACUUGGGGAAGAAGAAAUGACAGAGAAGGAAGUUAAAUCAGUUGUAGAACCUGAUGAUGCUGAUCUAGAAGUGGCUGAUCCAGAAGAGACUGGUACCAAAGAUGUUAGUCCAGAAGACUGUGGUCCUGAGAAGGAUGAGGAAUCAGGGGAGGACCCAGUCGAGGAAGAUGAAAGGAAGGUAGAUGACAUCAAAGAUGGCCAAAAGAAGGAUGGCCCAGCAGAGGAAGACCAAGUAAAGAAUGAUGCCCCAGCAAGGGAUGAUGACCCCGUAAAAGGUGAUGUUCUGAAUGAUGAUCAAGGAAUCAAAGAAGGGCUAGGUGAAGCGGAAGCUGGUCAUCCUUCAGAAGUGAAUGAAAUGGAAUCUGAAGUCCAAAAUGUUCCUUUUGGUAACUUGAAGGAACAUAUGAAUGAUGUAGACGUACAGGAAAUGCAUGGAGACGACGAUGGUUCAGAUAAAAGUGGAGAGAAGAUAUAUUCAUGCAGGACAUGUGGCAAAAGCUUCAGGCAAGUUGCUUCCUUUAGAGCGCAUCUUAUUAUGCAUCGCAACAAAGCCGCAAACUCCAAGUUUGAGAGUGAUGUAUUGCCCAAGGCAGACGGAAAAUCACAUCAGAAAAGAACUUAUCCCUGUGAAUUCUGUGGCAAGGUAUUUUCAGAGAUGUACCAUUACAAGAGGCAUAAAAACAAUGUUCACACCAAAGAGGUGUCCUACCCAUGUACACUUUGUGACAGGGUUUUCUUUACGAAAAGUCGACUCAAAGACCACAUGGUGACACAUUCUGGUAAGAAGGAUGUUGCUUGUGAUAUGUGUGAUUUGAUGUUCUUCCUACCUAGCCAACUGAAGAUACACAAGAAAACAGUCCAUGUAGAAGGGAAGCCAUACCUCUGUGACCUAUGUGGGUCUAGCUUCAAAGCCAAGGGAAUCUUAAAACAGCAUCAUCUAACUGUUCAUACAGACAUCAAGAAAUUCCCUUGCAGACAGUGCGGUAAGCCAUUUUCCCGCUCAUCCCUGCGCAACCAGCACGAGAAGGUCCAUUCAGGGCUGAAUCCCUAUCCAUGUGAGUACUGUGGUAAAGGUUUCCGAGACAAGUUUAAACUCAGAGUGCAUGUCAACUGGCAUUUGGGUAUCCACCCAUUUGCUUGUGACGUCUGUGGAAAGACUUUCCUUGUAAAAGGCAACCUCACCAAGCACAUGCGCGUCCACACUGGAGAGCGUCCGUACGUCUGUCAGAAGUGUGGCCGUGGUUGCGUUGACUCCUCCCAGCUCAAGAAGCACAUGUCACAGGCUCACCAGAUCCAAGUUGACAGGAUACUCACUAAAGGUCCUGGACGCCCUGAUGGAGAUCUUCCAUCUACCCGACGGAAGAAAAAGCAGGACGACCCGCUGGUCCCACUCCCAGGGGGUUUAAGUGCAGAUGCAGAGGAGACCCAAGCAUAUACCAUUGCAACAGACGCAUUAAUUGAAAUUUCUCAACAGCUAGCCGAUAUGAGUAACACUGUACAAGUUCCUGUGGGAAGUGGAAAUUUGAUGAUUGAUGCUAAGGCUAAUGAUGGACAAACUCCUAUACACCAGCAAGGAGAGAACAGUGUCGUGCCUUCCCAUGUAACCAAUGUUGUGUCAACUACUGAAGCCUCAUCCGAUGCAGCUAUCAUUCCUGUAAUGAUUCAAGUUGCAGAUCAGCCAAAUCAAGUCACAGUUCCUGUUACACAGAGCAUAGGUGACUUUCAGUCACUAGAGCUUAUCACUCUAUAAAUGUUGAAUGAAAUGUCACACUGAGGAUGAGUUACUUUUAAUUACUAGAGCUUGUCACUCUAUAAAUGUUGAAUGAUGGGUCUAUGUCACACUGAGCAUGAGUUACUUUCAAUCACUAGAGCUUGUCACUCUAUAAAUGUUGAAUGAUGGGUCCAUGUCACACUGAGUAUGAGUUAAUACUUUCAAUCACUAGAGCUUGUCACUCUAUAAAUGUUGAAUGAUGGGUCCAUGUCACACUGAGUAUGAGUUACUUUCAAUCACUAGAGCUUGUCACUCUAAAUGUUGAAUGAUGGGCCUAUGUCAUAUUUAGCAUAGCUAACUUUCAAUCAGUAUAACAUUACUGUAGAGAUGUUGAACAAUGGGUCAAGUCAACAGUACUGAUUAUAAG